AUGUCUUUCUCCAGUGGAAUGCCUCAUAUUGCCCAGGACACUCCUUUGAGCGGCCUUCCACGAACAAGAUCCAUUUCUGGGGAUUUGACAGAAACCUGCGCAUGUAUCAGCAACCAAGCAAUAUUCCUUUCCAGUUUGAAAAAGAUGGAAGGCAAAUAUUCUCCAGCGCCCGUGCCUGUCAUUCUUCAAGCCACUCAGGAUAGCCGAGUCCUUUGGGAACGACUGAUGUAUUGCUCCGCUUGUCGACGUGACCGUGACUCGGUAGCUGUUUUGAUGUUUGCAAUGGGGCUGCGUAAAAUCCUCCGGGGUCUGCAGUGCCUGAUCUUGAAUCAACAAUCUUCACAGCACUCGAUUCACAGUUCAAAUAUUAAUCAGCACACUUCCCAUGGUUCCACAACCUCAGGCUUCCGCGACCACACAGCAGGACAAAUAAAUGGAGGCGGUCAUCGACAUUCUAGCUUUGAAGGCAUCAAUCUGGGACCUAUCAGACCUCCUUCAAGCAGCUCCUUCGCCGACAAAAUUCGGGUUGGGAGCUUCGAAAUCCCACAAGAAGAGCAAGCCUUUCUAACGGAUGUUCUGAUUGCUCGAGCAUUGACAAAAAUGAAAUCUUUCCUCGAGUCCAUGGCGGGAUAUGUUGAGCGAGUGUCUGACAUGUCUCUACACUCUAUCGAGCACAGCGAGAAAUGGCCAGUACAUUUCGUUUUAGAAGAUUUGCAAAGAUCAAUAUUUGAUACUGAAAAAUCAGUAAGAGAAAUCAUUCGGCGAUAG